AGUCAGGAGCCGCUGUGAGCUUCAGUCCAGUCUGUGUUCCUGCAUCUGAACAGGAGCUUCAUUCCUGUGCGCGCUGUGUGGAUUACUGAACCUGCCUCAGACACAGCUUUCCACAGCUUUCCUCAGCUUCACUCAGCUUCACUCAGCUUUCCUCAGCUUCACUCCUCCCUGCUGUGUCUGAUCGCUUUGCUUUCUGAGGCUCUGAAAAAGAUCUUCUGGGUUUUUUUUAUCAGAGCGUCUCCUCGGCGCAUCUCCACACCUUCAUCACCAUCAUCAUCAUCAUCACCAUCAUCAUCAAGAGAUCAUGCUGGAGCGAUGAGAGACUCGGAAGCUCGGCUGAACUGACGGCUUCGUCUCACACGUCUGAGAGAGCGAGAAGCGAGUGAAGAGCCAAGCAAGAAGAAGAAGAAGAAGAAGUGAAAGACUGGAAGGAGGCGUUCGGUCAGAACAGAAGAGGCUGGAUGCCAGCAUCCAUCGGCUCCAGCAGCUCCCAGGUGCCUCAGACAUGGCCUCCAACUUCAACGACAUCGUCAAGCAGGGCUACGUCCGGAUGCGGAGCAGGAAGCUGGGGAUCUAUCGGCGCUGCUGGCUCGUGUUUAAGAAGUCCUCCAGCAAAGGGCCGCGCCGGUUGGAAAAGUAUCCCGAUGAGAAAUCCGCCUACAUCCGAGCCUGUCCGAAGGUGACAGAGAUCAGUAACGUUAAAAACGUGACGAGACUGCCGCGUGACACCAAGCGCCAGGCCGUGGCCAUCGUCUUCACUGACGACACGUCCCGCACGUUCACCUGCGAGUCAGAGCUGGAGGCUGAGGAGUGGUUUAAGACGCUGACCAUCGAGUGUUUGGGUACGCGGCUGAACGACAUCAGUUUAGGAGAACCGGACCUUCUGGCAGCUGGAGUUCAGUGCGAGCACACGGAACGCUUUAACGUGUUCCUGCUGCCGUGUCCCAACCUGGACAUCUACGGAGAGUGCAUGAUGCAGAUCACCCACGAGAACAUCUACUUAUGGGACAUCCAUAAUCCUCGCACAAAGCUGGUCACGUGGCCGCUCUGCUCGCUGCGCCGCUACGGCCGGGACGCCACCCGCUUCACCUUCGAGGCCGGCAGAAUGUGUGACAGUGGUGAAGGUCUGUACACGUUCCAGACGCGAGAAGGUGAGCAGAUCUACCAAAGGGUUCACUCUUCCACACUGGCCAUCGCCGAGCAGCACAAGAAGGUCCUCAUGGAGAUGGAGAAGAACAGCAGGCUGUUAUCCAAAGGCUCAGACCCAGACUCGUACCCCUGCACACCUACAGCCAUCCUGCCUCGCAGUGCCUUCUGGCACCACAUCACAGGAUCACAGGGAGCCAUGGACUCCAGCAACAGUGAGAUGUUCACGGCGUCUCAGUCAGGAGCCGAAUCGGACCUGUUCUCCACAGAGCACCACCAACAUCCAGCACACUUCUCCACUUAACCCGGCCAGUGAGGAGCUUCACGGACUCACCUUCAGGUUUCAGGCCUGAACCUUCCUCCACACGUCCUCUGCCCUCUUCACGUUUGCUUUCCCCGCACCGGGGGCAGAUCCGCGAUGCCCCGAUGCCCGAGUCAGUCCCGGUGUCUGGAGACACGUCCUGAGAGGGAACGCACUGUGAAACGUGAACUACGUAACUUUUGGAUUGAAUCUUUUUUUUUUUUCAACAGAACAAUAGCGGCGCACGUUUAUAGCAUCUUGACGACCCUUAGAAAAGGGGGCGGGGCUUUAGGGUUAGAACGCCACUGUAUCUCUCUCUAUCACAUGCACAAUGAUCAGUAUCUCUGUCUCUGUCCGUGUGUCGUUGGUGCAUGUCCUCUUUAACUGUGGAACGGUUUUGAGAUUAGUAGCAGGGCUGCGUUUAGAGUAGAUCGUUUCGUUUACUGCCGAGGAUGAGUAGAAGAACAUGCAGAACUAGAGUAGGCUUCCAUUUGAACUGUGUGUGAGAUUUGCCUGAGAUAUAAUCUGAGGAGGUGGCAGACGUUCACGAGAAAACACACUUGAGGAACUCUGGAACACACCACCUGUCCUUCACUGGUGUUUUGUUUUUCUUUUCAUCAUUACGAGAUGAAGUCAUACCUUCAUACCUUCCAGUCUUCUCUAGAAUGCGUUGCAUCUUGUUUUUCCUGUGACUGCUCGGGAACGCGGUAACGAAGCUGAUGACUUUUUGAAGGAGAUCCGUGGAAAUGAUCUUCUGAGGGUCACAGCUGUGAGAUCCAUCCUAAUCCAUUCACUGAUCCAGAACUUGUGGGAUGACGAGGAUUACGGUUAAGAUUGGAUUUCUUUAUUUACAUGAAUCUACCAAGCACAACGUGAACGGUUUUGGGAUACACUUAAAGUAAAACUCCGCCCUGAUCCCCAAAAUUCACACAUUAACAUUUAUUGACAUGUUGGUCUACUUUCACUUUAGUUAACGCUUUCCUACAUUACCCACAAUGCCGCUCAACGACCUGCUGAGAGUGGUGCAGUGAGAUUUAGCCUUAAAGACAGCGAUGCAGCGGCGCUUUAGUCCUUUAGUCUGUCCAGCUCUCUCACUUCCUCAUCACCUCGUACAUCACUAACUAGACGAGCCGAGCCUUUGUGUCAUACAGCUACAUUGCAUUCUGGGACUUUGAGUCUUCGCUACUUCUACGAUGGAUUUCUCAUUAAUAUGAUGUUAAACGUCGCUGGAAAAUGAAAGAGUCGAGUCAGAAAAGAAUGUUUUUAGGAGUUAACAGUGAACCCUGAUCGUUAUCACUUAUAUAUGAGAUCAUUGAGAUAUUUUUUUUCCUAUUAAACUCCAUUGUAACUGCACAAGCAAUAACAAUAACAAUAACAAUAAUGAUAACAAUAACAAUAACAAUAACAACGCCAUCUGUGACAUCAGAGCGACACACAACCUCUAAUUUCUCACAGGAAUAACAACAAUAACAACAAUACAGCACCAACCCACACAUUAGCAUCAGAAUCACUAAACACACCACAAAUAUUUCAUUCUAAACAUGUUUCAGGGUGGAGUUUAACUUUAAAUGUCGACUAUUUCACUAUGCUCAUGUUUAAUAUUUCACAAAGUGAAAAAAGCUCCAGUUUUGGAAGCGUCAGUUUUAGUGACUUGAAACAUAUAUUUGAUUAUUUCAAUCCUGAAUCAUUCAUAGAGGUUUUCUUCACUCAAAAUCCGUGACUGAUGCUAAUUUCUACUCCUACACACCUCCCUGUAUUCGCCAUCGUCCAUUUCACCACAAACUCUCACAUUUACAGAUAUUUCCUUUCGAGUGAGAUUCGGAUUCUCCGGUCUUGAGGAGUUUCGUCAGCACGGAGAUUUGUGCUGUUCAUGUUCCUGAAAUGUGUGGAACAGCCUUAUGUCUAAAUGUUUAAGUGCUUAUUCAAUGCUGGAGUCCAUAAACAUGCAUGCAAACACACACACACACACACACACACACACACACAUGCACAUAAUGUAUAUUAUUUAUGUAAAACAAAAAAGGGCUAAAUUCAGAUGUUUGUCAUUUUCAGAGCUCUCUCUGUUUAUGUGUGUGUGUGUGUGUGUGUGUUAGCUGUCUUCUUCACUCCACAAGGCACAUGUAUAUAAAACUAUUUAUUUCACAUCGAGUGAUUCCUGUACGUCAGUCAGCAAAAUGAGGCAGACGCUGUUUUGUGUGUUUGAUUGUUUGUACGUCUGGUUAGAUGACAAUAAAAGCCAGAAGAUGGACUGCGUUAUAAAUUU